AAAAAAAAAAAACAGUUUCCUCACCGAACCCAGACACACCAUGGGGGACGGGUUACCGUCCAUGAACUAUACCAAUGACACCAAACGGGGACGCGUGGAUCCUAACGGUCCGGACAGCGGUUUCUCGGAACACUGGGUCAUAGCUUUGGGGAUCGUCAUGGCUCUGAUUGUGAUCAUCACUGUGGUGGGGAAUAUACUGGUCAUCGUGGCUAUCGCGCGGAAUCAGAGGUUGCAGACGUUGACCAAUGUGUUUAUUGUGUCUUUAGCGUGCGCAGAUCUGAUCAUGGGCUUGUUGGUGGUGCCGUUUGGCGCGACGCUGGAGCUCCGGGGCGCGUGGCUUUACGGAACUCAUUUCUGUGAAGUGUGGAUCUCCGUGGACGUCCUCUGCGUCACGGCCAGCAUCGAGACCCUCUGCGUGAUUGCCAUUGACCGGUACGUUGCCAUCACGUGGCCGUUUCGAUACCAAAGCCUUUUGACCAAGUCGAGAGCCAAAGGGGUCGUGUGCGUCGUGUGGGCCGUGUCGGCUCUCGUCUCGUUCCCGCCGAUCCUCCUCCACUGGUCGCGCGACAGGAACGAGACGGAGUGCUACGACGACCCGGAAUGCUGCGACUUCAUCACUAACCGGGCGUACGCGGUCUCCUCUUCAGUCAUAUCCUUCUACAUUCCUUUGGUGGUGAUGGUGUUCGUUUACGCCCGCGUGUACCGGGAAGCCAAGAAGCAGCUCCGGAAAAUAGACAAGUGCGAAGGGAGGUUUUAUAACAACCACGGCGUCUCGGCGUGCAAGCUGAACCGAAAGCGGCCGUCAGGGAUUGUGGCCAUGAAGGAGCAGAAGGCGCUGAAGACGCUCGGGAUCAUCAUGGGGACUUUCACUCUCUGCUGGCUGCCCUUCUUCCUGGUCAACGUUGUGCGCGGGUUCUGCGCCGAGGCUGUGGACAAGGAGCUCUUCGUCUUUUUCAACUGGCUCGGUUACGCCAACUCGGCGUUCAACCCCCUCAUCUACUGCCGCAGCCCGGACUUCAGGAAGGCUUUCCGCAGGUUGCUCAUGCCGUGCUGGCCGAGGAGCGCUGAUCACGGACUGACCGUGAGCUCGUGUGAGCUGUCGCGCUGCGCAGUGGAGAACCGCGCGCUCGCGCCAUGGACCGACUUCAACGGCACCCGGGACAGCAACUGCAGCCUGGACCGCAACAGCAGAGUGUCCCACACCGAGUCUCAGCUUUGAGCUUGCAUUUCGGAUUUAUUUCCCCAUACAAGUUCAAUUCUGAAUGUAACAAAAAAAGUUAUUUGCUAAUUGCGUUUAUCAUCAGCGUACAAAUAAAAAUACAUGUUUAAACAUAAACUUUCUUUCAAAAAAAAAAGAAGAAAAAAAGCCAAAACCAGUGGGCCUCUUAGAACAACCAUGCUUGCAGUGAGUAGACUAUUUUUUUACGUUUUUUUUGUUUUUUGCAUUACGCAGAAUGAACUCUCCCAGAGUUAUACAAAUUGACACAUUUCCAUAAUGAACUUCUGUAAACCCCCCAAACCCAAACUGUUACUAAUAAUUUAGUAUGUGUAUAUGUGGAACUGGGCACAAAUAGAGACUGUAAGAGAUUAUUCCUAAUUUAUGGGUUUAUACAGUUAGACUAAUUCGAAAAGCUGUACUUGCAGUGAUGGUUCUAAAAUAACAAAAUGAAAAGCAAUACAUUUUCCAAAUCAUCCCGUCUAGUUUACGAAUAAGUCCAACUGCGUACAACUUAACACAUUAGACUAUAAACAGGAAAAAAAGAGAGCCAAGAGAUAUUUCUAACAUUUGCCCUAGAUACAUGACUGUGAGGAGAGAAAUUUGCAUUUGUGCGCCCUGACACUGCAUGAACCUUUUUUCAAUGUUAUUUUUAGAGCCAUUUUUACUUCACCAAUCCAUCAUUUGAUGUAUUGUACAUAAGAAUGUGUGACAAUUGACUUUACAGAGUGAUACAAAAAAUGUGCAAAUUGUACAACAUGGAAUUGUUUAUAUUAAACAGCCAUAUAAAACUGUACAGUAUUAUUCAGUACCGAGUACAACUGAGUGAGUUUCCACGUGAGCAUAUGAAAGGAACUGUGAUUCUGUGCUUCGUGUUUGCACCUUAUAUACCGUCCAAUGUGAGCUACUUCUUUUCUCAUAUAAUAUAUUAUUUAAUAUUUCAAUAUGUCAGUCUGCCUAAUACUGAAGUGAUGGCUCAGUGAUUUAUUUAUGGAGUCACUUAUAGGUCUGGCCCUGUAUUAUUCAGUAGGUUUUCCUGUCCGGGUCCAUAUAGCUAAAUUCGUCUUUAAUGUAUGAGCGCCUCAUGUAAUGUAUA